AUGGACCAAUACUCCAACCUUUUUGCUUUCGAAGAUUACCUCGGCGCACAGGCCAGAUCCAUUCCGGACCUCCCGGAAGUCGAUGUCCUAAGCCCCCGAGUGGUGCGUGUGUUGGGCGGAAAUCCGGGACAGAUGCAACUUCAAGGGACCAACACAUACAUUCUGGGCACGGGAGCCGAACGGCUGCUGAUCGAUAGCGGACAGGGUCGAGCACGCUGGGAGCAGCUGAUGGCAUCCCUUGCAGCAGAGCACAAGUUCAGAAUAUCCACGGUGUUACUGACGCAUUGGCAUCUCGACCAUACUGGAGGGGUACCGCAUUUGUUCCGUAUUUUUCCCGAGCUGAGAGGUGCGAAUGCAAUCUACAAAUAUCAUCCAGACCCCAGCCAGCAGGCGAUUGUCGACGGACAGGUGUUCUCCGUGGAAGGGGCUACUGUGCGCGCUGUAUUCACGCCGGGACACUCGACGGAUCACAUGUGCUUUCUUCUUCAAGAGGAGGAGGCCAUUUUCACCGGCGAUACGGUUCUGGGUCAUGGAACGACCGGUGUGGAGGAUCUGGAGGAGUAUAUGCAGAGUCUGCGUAAGAUCCAGAGUCUGGGAUGCCGAAUUGGAUACCCAGGACAUGGAGCCGUGAUCGAGAAUAUGCAGCAAAAGGUGCAGCAGGAGAUUGACCGCAAGCAACGUCGCGAGCGGCAAGUGCUACUUGCGCUGCAGAAUAUCCAACGCGAAAAGAGAACAGUCGGUGACGCCAAUGGCGCCGCCACGCAGGCAGAACUGAUCGAAGCUAUUUUUGGUCGACUCCCUGCGGAUGUGGCUGAUCGAUUCUUUGCGCCGUACAUGAAAGACAUCCUUAUGAAGAUGGCUCGUGAUAAGCAAGUUGGGUUUCGCUUCAAGGGCGGCCAGAAGCACUGGUUCGCCAAUGUGAGCCAAGAGAAUCCGGUUUGUAGGUGA